GCCAGGGCAGUGGGGCGAGUUUACGUCGCGGUGGGGAGGAGCGCCAUGUGCUGUGUAAGUAGAAGCAAAGAAAAACAAUACGGACAUCUCGCGCCGCACGCCGCAGUGGCCAGGCGAAUGCGAAUGCAUCCAGAAGCGAUAGUGCAUUCGUCGCAUGCACUUCGUACACACAAACAACACAAACAACAAACGUGCACGCGUUUAUUAUUUAAAUAUAAAAAUAUUUAAAUUAAUAACUGUAUAGUGUGUUUAUUUGUGUGACUGAAUAAAUGGUGAACGAAAUGGAUAGCAAUAGUAAUCACAGUGAGCACAGCGUUGAGGAAGUGGUGCGCCGCGCCGCGACGCCAACUUCAACCACCACCAACGGACUCGCACGGCAAUCGCCAAAGAUAACCACGUCGACGUUGUUGACAUCACCGCCGACUCCAGUAGCGCAGGCUACUGUUGCACUUGUACGCAACACGUCUUCACCGGCGAGUGUUAUUUCACGGAAAGUUAUGAGUAGGAAUCAUAAUAAUACAUUGUUUCCAACAUCAUUCCCCAGUAAUCUUGCAGAAUUACAACUAUUUCGCGUGAUGCAAAACGCGUCGUUGUUGUAUUACUACGACACAUUACUGGAAAUGGGUGGUGACGACGUGCAACAAUUAUGCGACGCCGGUGAAGAAGAGUUUUUAGAAAUCAUGUCACUUGUAGGCAUGGCAUCGAAACCCCUACACGUUCGCAGGUUUCAAAAAUCUCUUCAGGAAUGGGUUAAUAAUCCGAUAAAAUUCAAAACUCCUUUAACGCCUGGCGAUGAUUUUGAGCUAGAAAGAAUCCCACAACAACAACCUGUCAAUAGUAUUAAUAACCUGCCUAAUGUAGGCAACCAACAGUACACAUUUGAAGAAACAGCGCGGACAUUAUACGCAGCUAGCCCUGCAAGUCCUUCCUCUCAACCAUGUCCCAUCACGUCCAACAAGAGGCCUUACUCUCCGCUAGACGCACCUAAUUCCUGCCCACCUUCAUCCAGCUCCAGUCCUGGCAGUUGUACAUCUUUACCUUUGUUAUCCGGAACUUCCGGGAGUAAUGUCACUCCAAGUCUGCCGGAAUCUCACGUGGGAAAGCUGGCAGCAGCUGCGGAACGCCUUAGUAAACAAUUACCUCAGUUCGAACCUAAACCACAGAAUAACAAGAAGAAAAUGUGUAAAGAACUUGAGCUGGUUAUGUCUAUGGCGGAUAAUGAUCCAAGGAGAAUGGACGAAAUCAGGCGAUACGCGGCCAUCUAUGGAAGAUUUGACUGUAAACGUCGUCCUGAGAAACCGUUAACCUUACAUGAAGUUUCUGUAAAUGAAGCGGCUGCGCAAAUUUGCCGAUUUAUUCCAGCGCUUUUAACACGGAGAGAUGAGUUGUUUCCGCUUGCAAGACAAGUGGUCAAAGAUUCAGGCUGUCAUUAUUCUAAAACUGGAGCUGGAUAUACAAUGUGUUUGCGUACAAGUCAAUCGGACUUGGUUGACACAUUGAACAAUAGCAAUAGCAAGGAUUCCAGCAAGCGGCGCUUUGAUGAUGGCGGCUUUGAGGAGGAUGCGCCGGCGCAGAAGCGACACCAGGAAUAUUUAAAUAAUGCACGAUCGUCGAUACACUUCAGUGCUUCACUGCUGCAUUCAAAGUCACAUACAUCUACCAGAAUGUGUUCAAUUGGCCCAGGGACAGAUGACGAAGCUGAACUUCAUUAUUCCUUGAGUAAUUCCUGUUCGAAUUCUCCUCUUCAGGAGAGUGAAAAAAUUGACAGCGCAGACGCGUUAGAAGAAGAAGACGUGAAACUAAUGCUCGACGCAACGGACACAAGUCGCGAGAAGUUCUCACCGCGUGUCCAGGUAAUCGCCGCCUCCGGGGACAAUAUCAUCGCAGUAGCAAACCCAGCGCUCGCCCUCUCACCAGCCAUGCUCCCCUUGAGCACCAUUUGACUGAUUAAAUGUAAGUCUUCACUCUCUGCGGCAGGCAAUGAGAUUGCAAUAUUCGUCAAACGAAUCGACGCGCAACGGCUCAUGCGCACAACUACACAUACGUAGUAGUUGACUUGUGAUUUAUUUAUAUGUUGCGUAAUUUGUAAGGAAUAUAAACGUUAUUUUAUUAUAAAUAUCGAUUACGAAAAAUUAAACAAAUUUAUUAUCGCCUAAGUAUAAAAUAAAUAAUUACGUGCGGAUUGGAAUGCGACGCAAUGGUAAUACAUUUAUUAAACAGAUACAAACUUAACAUAAUAAAAAGCUGUCGCGAGAUUAUUGGAUAUUCUUUAAGAUCCAAUCGAUGAAUUGUGUAACACGUGUGUACACGCCAGGAAAACCCGGUUCAGCGCAUCGAUAGCCGUAAGAAACAACUCCAAUUUGAUAUCGAAGAAUUAGGUUACCAGUUAAAUUCGCUACCAUUAGGGGACCACCUGAGUCACCUUGGCAGGAAUCUUUUUUACCAUCAUUGUAACCUGCGCAAAUUAUACGAUCAUCGAUGAUUG